AUGGGCCAAGAAAACUCAACCCAACAAAUCGACCCAAACACCCCUCCUCACACCCUCCAGUCCCGCACCAUAGAAGGCGUCGCCUCAUUCAUCAAAGAUGUCGCCCCCAAAAAAAUCGUAGUCAUGACAGGCGCCGGAAUCUCUACAUCAGCAGGCAUCCCCGAUUUCCGCUCCCCAGACACGGGAUUAUACGCCAAUCUCGCGCGGCUGGAUCUUCCGUAUGCGGAAGCCGUGUUUGAUAUCUCGUAUUUCAGACAGAAUCCGAAUCCGUUCUACGUGCUGGCCAAGGAAUUAUAUCCUGGGAAGUUCUUCCCGACGAUAUCGCAUUCGUUCGUGGCGUUGUUGCAAGAGAAAGGACUUUUGAAGAUGUUGUUUACGCAAAAUAUUGAUUGUCUGGAGAGGAGGGCGGGGGUGGAGGCGGGGCGGGUUGUAGAGGCGCAUGGCAGUUUUGCUAGUCAGAGGUGUAUUGAGUGUAAAACUGAGUUUCCGGAGAAGGAGAUGUUGGAACUGGUUAUGAAGGGGGAGGUGCCGCAUUGUGUGGUCCCGCAGUGUAAUGGGCUUGUGAAGCCUGAUAUUGUGUUUUUUGGGGAGCCACUGCCGGAGAGCUUUCAUUCUAAUAGACAUGUGGCGGCCGAGGCGGAUUUGGUUAUUGUGAUGGGCACGAGUUUGUCGGUGCAUCCGUUCGCUAGCUUGCCGCAGUUUGCGAGGGAAGGUGUUCCGAGGGUGUUGAUUAAUAAGGAGCAGGUUGGCGAUUUUGGGAGUCGGCUGGAUGAUGUGGUUGUGUUGAGUGAUUGUGAUGAUGGAGUCAGGAAACUUGCCGAUGCGUUGGGGUGGGGAGACGAGUUGGAGGCGAUGUGGUUGGAGGUUAAUGGGAAGGUUAAGGGGAAAGACGCGGAGAGGUUGAAGGAGAUGCGGAAAAACAUGACGAAAGAUGAGCUUUUGCAGGAGGAGAUCGAUAAGUUGACGAAGGGUGUCGAUGAUUUGCUGCAUGAUUCAAAGGAACAUGUGGAGAGGACGACGAGGCAGUUUGAGAAGUCGACGCCAACAGAAUCGAAUAGCAGUACGGUUGAUACGCCAAACUCAGAUACAGAGUCUCCAAAAGAAACCACCAAGUCAGAGAGUUCAUAUUCAGUACCAGCCAAACCUGCUCCUGAGAAGGAGAAUGAGCCAUUGAAUAUGGAGAAAACUGUCAAUGGGCAGCCCGCUUCACCACCCCAAAUCCGACCAGAGGCUAUUCUCGACACAACCUUACCGCAUAACAAACCUGGAGAUGGCUCAUCACUAUAA